CUCCCCGGCGGCCGCGGCGGCGGCGGCGGCGGCCGGGCUGAGGUGCUCGGGAGGCAGCGGCGCGGCGGCCGCCUCCUUCGUGCGCCGCCGCCUCGGCGCCCGCCCGCCCGCCCGCCGGCAGGCCGGCCAUGGCAGGAGCCGGAGGCGGCGGCUGCCCCGCGGGCGGCAAUGACUUGCAGUGGUGCUUCUCGCAGGUCAAGGGGGCCAUCGACGAGGACGUGGCGGAAGCUGACAUCAUCUCAACUGUUGAAUUUAAUUACUCUGGAGAUCUGCUUGCAACGGGAGACAAGGGCGGCAGAGUCGUUAUUUUUCAGCGGGAACAAGAGAAUAAAAGCCGCCCUCACUCUAGGGGAGAAUAUAAUGUUUACAGUACCUUUCAAAGUCAUGAACCAGAGUUUGACUAUUUGAAAAGUCUAGAAAUUGAGGAAAAAAUCAAUAAAAUUAGGUGGUUACCACAACAGAAUGCUGCUCAUUUUCUACUCUCUACAAAUGAUAAAACUAUUAAAUUAUGGAAAAUAAGCGAGCGGGACAAAAGAGCAGAAGGUUACAACUUGAAAGAUGAAGACGGACGGCUUCGAGACCCAUUCCGAAUUACGGCGCUGAGGGUUCCAAUAUUGAAGCCCAUGGAUCUUAUGGUAGAAGCAAGUCCACGACGAAUUUUUGCCAAUGCUCAUACAUACCAUAUAAAUUCCAUUUCCGUAAAUAGUGAUCAUGAAACGUAUCUUUCUGCAGAUGACCUGAGAAUUAAUCUAUGGCAUUUAGAAAUCACAGAUAGGAGCUUCAACAUCGUGGACAUCAAGCCCGUAAACAUGGAGGAGCUGACGGAGGUGAUCACCGCGGCCGAGUUCCACCCGCACCAGUGCAACGUGUUCGUCUACAGCAGCAGCAAAGGGACCAUCAGGCUGUGCGACAUGCGCUCCUCAGCCCUGUGCGACAGACACUCGAAGUUUUUUGAAGAACCCGAAGAUCCCAGCAGCAGGUCCUUCUUCUCCGAAAUCAUCUCCUCCAUCUCCGACGUGAGGUUCAGUCACAGCGGCCGGUACAUGAUGACCCGAGACUACCUGUCGGUGAAGGUGUGGGACCUCAACAUGGAGAGCCGGCCCGUCGAGACCCACCAGGUGCACGAGUACCUGCGCAGCAAGCUGUGCUCUCUGUACGAGAACGACUGCAUCUUCGACAAGUUCGAGUGCUGCUGGGGCGGCUCAGACAGCGCCAUCAUGACUGGUUCCUACAACAACUUCUUCCGAAUGUUCGAUCGAAAUACACGGAGGGAUGUCACGCUGGAAGCUUCCAGGGAGAACAGCAAGCCCCGAGCCAGCUUAAAGCCUCGGAAAGUGUGUACAGGCGGGAAGAGAAAGAAGGACGAGAUCAGUGUGGACAGUCUGGACUUCAACAAGAAGAUUCUGCACACGGCCUGGCACCCAGCGGAGAACAUCAUCGCCGUGGCCGCUACCAACAACCUGUACAUCUUCCAGGACAAGGUCAACUAGGGAGGCCGGCACAGGGACUGAGCCCGGCCAUUGCCCCAGAGGAGGGACGCCGUCGUCCUCUCCGCGAGGAGCAGUGUGGGCCCCGCUCCCCUCGCGGGCUUGGAGGGGCUGCCCGCCUUCCGGGGCAAGCCGUGGGCGCCGCUCACGCCCGAAACCUUCCUGGCGCCGCAUCGGCGGGCCGUGCUCGAUAAAGGCCAUUACUCACAAUAAAUGUAUUUAUUUAAGUCUGAGCCUUCCUUUCCAGUUUAUAGACCAAAAAGUUAACACCGGGAGAAAAGUCUCUCCACGAGCCCCCCUCCCCCGCCCCUCUCCCUUCACUCUUGGGGACCGCUCCACCCCCCCGCAGUCCCCUGAGGCCUGGUGGCCCGGCCAAGGGCUGGAUUCGGCGAGCAGGCUCCGGCCGCUCUCCUCACCCACGCACCUGUGUCUGCCGCCACAUCUUCCGGUGUGGCCAGUGAAUAAAAGUGACACAUUCUGAGAAGUGUUUUUAAGUCUAAGACAAGUAUCGGCUUUUUAUUUGCUUUCAUUGCAUAUAACGGAAUUACGCAGAAUUACGCUUUGGAACGGUUUCGAACCCUCGUCCUUCACUGGCAGGACGGUGGCACGUGCAGUACCUCAAACUCGGACCCUGCCCGGCCCCGAACUUGCGUUCAUUUUCUUUCAUUUCUGUAGAAGUCGGCCAGGUGACGCGCCAGGUAAGGCUGGGGGAGCCCCUCAGAAAGGAUUCGAGGAUAGACCAGUGCUGCCGUGCCCGCGACACCAGUGUCCAGUGAGCCUCCCCGCGCACGCCGGGGAAUGUGACGAGUCCCGGGGGCGGUCCCUUUAGAAAGCGCCGAAACCCUAUGCAUGCGGAGUUUCAUGGUGCGUUUCGAGCCAGCAGAACGAACAGUUUUGAUUCCCACGUGCUGCCACUGCUACCUGGCUGUAUUUUAAAAGUAGGAUCUUUGAUGCCAGAAAUCAGGAUUUCCCAGGACAGAAACUAUAGAGGGGGGAUUGGAACUUACUGGGAUUUCACACACGGGCCCAAACCGCAGCGUCCUCGGUGCACCGGGGCGCCGGGUGCCCACGCCGCUGUUGAGGGCGUGAGAGCGAAUGUCUUGUUAACGAACGUUCUGUUCGUUACCCUGAUUUAACGUAGCAGCUCCUCUUUAGUUCGCAUUCGGUUGGAAGUGGAGAGUUUAAACCAGUUCUUACUUGUGCGUCGUGGCGCGAGUUCCAGGCCUGAGACCCAGAGCGGAGUUCUCCAAGUGUGCGUCCGCUGCGGGCCUUCGCACAAAGAAGCAGCUCUAACAGAAUUGUACAUAUUUGUUCAACUAUUUUGACCAAAAAGUUUAAUAAAUUUUAAAUGUUUAACUGGA